CCAGCGUCGCUCAGCAACAUCUAUAAAAUAUUUAAAUGCCUCAAGCUAGAUGCACAUAACACAGAGCGGCUGAAACAUCCAGUAUUACAGGAAGAUCAUGACAUAUCAGGAAAACCACUGGGAUGGAAGGAAAAAAUGAAGUCAUGGCUCUCACAGGAAACCUUCAAGCAUUACUGGAGACACACAUGCUGUGUGUGGGAUGUAAUAAGUGCUGUAAAAAACACAAUGAGAUUUUGCACUCCCGUAAAGAGAUCAUUCAUAACUGCUCAGAAGACAUCUUACUGAUCAAGCAGAAAGGUAACAAUUCAGUGUGGAGGCCUAUUGCCCCCCUGCCAGACUUUCCCAGACCUCCCAAAUAUGUUGUUUGCUGGCACUUCACUGAAAGUGGAUGCACCCGGCAUGGACGUAGCUGUACCUACGCUAGGAGCUCAGAAGAAGCAGCGCUGUGGAACGUCAUGAAGGAUGAAAAACUGACAAUACCUCAGAUUUUGAAUAUGAUAAAACAAAACCAAAGGACACUACAGUCAAAGUCUCAAAAGAAAGGAGGACAGGUUGACUGCACAUUAUGUCAAGUCCACUUCCCGACAGAUGAAGAACUGAUGAACCACUGUUUCACUGUGAAGCACAGGAGACUGAUCUUUGAAGACACCUCUCAGACUUGGAAAUACCGUGAUCCGCCACCAACACACAAGGACCUGAAAUUGUGUGAAAGAUCCCUGAUAUGCGAUUAUGGUGAUAACUGCACAAAGGCACACAGUCAAGAGGAACUUCGUGAAUGGGAAAAAAGAAUCAAGGCUUCACGAAAAAGGACCACAGAUGCAGCCGAGAUGGGUCUACUGUCCUAUCAGGACAAGCUUUUGGGGGAAUACAGACACAGCAACGAAAAGAAAACGAUUAUCAGUGACACCCUUCCUGAUGUUUUUAUCAUCUGUGACCCAGAUGUAGACAGCAUCUAUGUAAUAAAAAAAGGAAUACAGUGUACAUGGAAUUUUACCAUUAUUUCUAAGGAACCUCUAGAAUUUAUUGCUUUACUCAGACGGGAACUGGAGGCGAAAUUCAGCAUCAGCAAAGACCCCGAUGAGGAACGGACAUAUUCCACUAAUGCUUGGUUUGAAACUAGCCAAACAGAGUAUGAAAUCCCAGUGUCCUUCAAAUCUGACCAACCAGGCUUGUAUGAGCAGUGGGUAGUGUUUGACUUCGACACGAGACCCGUACUACGACAAAAAAUCAAGGUCAGAGUUGGAGAGGAUGAGUGUAAGGGAACAUCAGUCAUGACCCCAGCACCUGAGAUUCCGCUAAAAAAACAAGAGACUGAAGGGAAUCUUGAGCCCUGGAAUGAGGAAAGCCUGGAAAUCAUUCCUUUUUUUGAAAGAGAAGAGGCAGAGAAAGAGCUGAUAAACAGAUACAAGCUCAUCAUGAUAGAUGAGAUGAACAGUGUGAUUAACCAUGACAAUUACAAACACAGCAUGCACAAUUUUUUAUAUCAGGAGGAAAAAGCAGAAGGUGAACUGCUCACAAGGCUGAAUCUACGAGGCACUGUGCAGUUGAAAAAUCAGCUGUUCGAUCUCAGGUUUGGAAUGAAAUGGGCUUAUCCGGGGCAACUUUUUGCUUCUGUGCCUCUGUCUCACCCACUAACUCCUGAUGCUCCUCAAGGCUUCAUAGUGAAAAGACAGGCUAUCAGAUCUCUUGUUCGUGUUGUGAAAAACAAUGAUUAUUUUGGGCCUAUUUAUGAGGCUGAAUUUCUGAAAGACACUGCCACAGAGACACAAGUAGCAUUGCAGCUUUCCAAACAAUGCUGCACUGAUUUGAACCUGCAGAAUGGACAGCAGUGUGAGAUGGAAGUCCAGUUCCAGCUAAAUCGUCUCUGGUUCUGCGAGAUGCACAAAGCCAUUGAUGAUCUCCCCAACUUAGACAAAGUCUUACCUGACCUGAAAAACAGCAACUUCUGUAUUUCUUCUCAGUCAGAUACAGAAGAGUUAAAUGAGAAGCAGCAAGCAGCAAUGAACUUUGUUCUGAGUGUAACAGACAACAGAAGCAGCAUCCCACCUUUGUUGAUUUAUGGACCCUUUGGAACAGGGAAAACUCGAACCCUUGCAAAGAUGACCCAGGCUCUUGUGCUGCAACCACAGAACAAAAUCCUGAUUUGCACACACACAAACAGUUCUGCUGAUCUUUAUGUAAAAGGACAUUUUCAUGAAUAUGCAGCUGUUCAUCAUGAAGCCAGACCUUUGAGAAUCAAGGCAAAGAAAAGCCAUCUCAGAUCCACUGAUCCCAUCACUCUACAGUACUGCCAUUUAUCCAGAGACGGCAGUCAUUUUGAGUUUCCUGAUAAAGCUGUUUUAGAUUCCACAAGAAUCAUCAUAACAACAACUGCUGUGGCUCGUUUCUUCCAUGACAUGAAGCUCCCUGAAAACUACUUCAGCCACAUUCUGAUUGAUGAAGCUUCGCAGAUGUUGGAGUGUGAGGCUCUUAUGGCACUGGGCUUAGCAGGUAAAAAUACACGUGUUGUUUUAGCAGGAGAUCACAUGCAGAUGGGACCCAAGCUCUUCUCUGUGAGACAAGACAAAUGCUCAGAACAAACCCUGCUCAAUCGCCUCUUCUAUUACUACCAAGCUGAAAACAGUGACAUCGCCAAACAAAGCAGGAUCAUUUUCACUGAAAACUACCGUUCCACAAAGGACAUUGUGGAUUUUGUAUCAACACAUUUUUAUGUGGGAAAGAGUGAUGUGAUCAAGGCUAGAGGAGAUGUGCCUCCUCAUCCAGACCAGCAUGCCUUGCAGUUCCAUCAUGUAAGAGGAGAAUGCUGUUUGGACCCAACAAGCAUGUCCUGGUUCAAUGCGGAACAAAUUCGAAGUGUUGUUGACAUUGUGCAAGGAAUAAUGGAGGAAUGGCCUCAAGAGUGGGGUGAUAAAGAUCCAGAAUCAGUCUGUGUCCUUUCUCAAGGCAGACAGGUGUUGGAAAUCAGACAAAGACUGCGUCAGCUUGGACAGCCCCGUUUCACUGUGGAGAAUGCAGAAAAUGUGCAAGGAAAACAGUUCAGAGUAAUCGUGAUUUCCACUGUGCACACCAAGGACAGCCUAUUAGAGACGGACCGGACCUGUCUUGAGUUUUUCAAUGACAUGCGAGUGCUGAACACAGUUAUGACAAGAGCCAAAUCCCAAAUAUUUGUUGUUGGAGAUGCAGCUGCCCUUUGCUGCCAUCAAUUCGGUACAUGCUGGAGACUAUGGAGAUCGUACAUUGAGGAUUGCAUCAAAAAGGAGAGUGUCCAUGAUUUUACCUUGGAUUCUUUGAAACAAGAUCUCCUUGAGAUAUCUGAGCUCUGCAGAAGUGAGGAUGAAGACAGCAGUGAUAGUGAAUCAACUACAUCUGAAAUACCAGACACAGAAGACCCAAUACUUCAAGAGCUUCUCGAUGAGAGCAAAUACAUAAACGUUACAUUGACAGAGGAAGGCUUGUUUCCAGUUUUUCAACAUGAGCAAUUCAUCAGUAGUGUUAGAAACCAAAUUGCAGAAGUAGAUGAAGAGCAAUUGUUGACUAACUCUUCAACACAUAAACACUGUGAGCUGGUCAAAGAGAGCUUUGAAAGAGCUUAUGCAAAACCACUUGACGAGCCCUCCAUAAGAAUCGAGAUCAAGGGCAGAAAAAACAUAGGACAGGCAUUCCCAGGAGACAAGGUAACAGUGGAGAUCCUGAGUGAGAUAUCAGAUCCUCCUACGGGAAAAGUAAUCAACAUCCUAGAAAGUGCGGAUACUGUCAAAAAAUUUGUCUGCACCCUUGAAACACACGACGGUCAAGUAAUGAUACCUAUCAACAAAUGCAUCUCCAAAAUCUACACACCAUUCUGGAAAGACAAACCAAAUCACAUUGCUGUAAGAAAUCCUGAGGACCUCAAAUUAGAGAAGUUCAUCAAAAUCCGUGAAGAGGCACACAGAAAAUAUCUCUUCGUUGUCAAAGUGCUUAAGUGGGGAAAGUUUUACAAAUAUCCCCUGGGGAUUGUUGUGGGAGUGUUUCCCAAUAUAACAACUUUAGAUGAUGGAUUAAAGGUUCUUGACAUAGAGUUCCAGUUGAGCAGGACACUUUCUUCAUCUUUGGAAAUACAGAUGAGAGACUUUCAAAGUCUUAAUUUAUUUGAAGAUGGGCGAAAAGAUUUUCGCAUGCUCCCAACAUUCACCAUUGAUCCUGCUGAUUCACAAGACCUUGAUGAUGCAAUCAGUGUACGGGAUAUAGGUGAGUGCUAUGAAAUAGGAGUUCACAUUUCUGAUGUUGCUAGCUUUGUGGCUAAAGACAGUGAACUGGACAAAUAUGCAAGACAGCAGUGUACUACAUUCUAUCCACGUGGAAAGGACCCAAUACACAUGUUCCCUAAAGAGCUGAGUGCCAAUUUCUUCAGUUUAAUCCCUAACAAUGACAGACGAGCAAUCUCCUUGAUAAUAAAAGUGGAUACUAAGACAAACCGCAUAAAGGAAAGAUUAAUUUGCAAAUCUGUCAUUCACUCCAAGAGGAAAUUUUCUUAUGAUGAAGCAGAGGACAUCUUUGAAAACACUCAUCAGCCUUCUGACCUGCUUGAAAUUUGCCUUUUGAAAGCAUGGACCUUUGCUGAGGUCCACAGGAGAUACAGAAAACAGGAAGACUGGUGCUAUAAAGCACCAGAUGAAGACGUGACUCUGGGAAGAAGGCGAUCUCACCUAAUGGUGGAAGAGCUGAUGGUCAUGUUUAACCACACGGUUGCUGAACGUCUUCUGUUUGAUGAAACAACAAGGAGCAUAACUCCAUUGAGAUGCCAGGACAGGCCAAAGAGUGAAAAGCUCACUGACCUUUUUGACAAAAAUGCCUCCUUGAUUCCACUUUCUGUUCACUUCUCAAGUCAAGCACGCGAGACUCAAUAUGUGUCUCAUGAACUGAAUAACCAAGGUUUGAUCCACCGCAGAGCCAUGCCAAACCCUCAGGCUGGCAUUUCUGAUUAUGAAACCUUCCCCAUAUUAAAAUCUGUUUUGAGAUGCUUGAAGACAGCAGUAGAGCAGAAAAAUAUCUACAAAAUAAUUGACUUUAUUGCAACUGAUGAGAUUCACCCCCAACUUCUCCCUUUUGCUAUUGCAUUUAGGAGACUGUUUUACAAAGCAUGCGUCCUGCGCUCAAACUCAACACAUGUCUCAAGAAUUGGGCACUAUGAUUUAGAUCUUGACAGCUAUACAUGGGCCUCAUCUCCAGUCCGCCGAUAUAUAGAUGUUAUUGUACAGCGCCUUCUUCAUUCUGUGAUUAACAACACAAAUGUUAGGUACAAAGCUCAUGACAUUGACCUGUCUUGUAUGGAAUUUUCCAGAAAAAAUGACCAACAGUCAGCAUAUGAGAGGAAAGCAAAUGCUUUACAUUUUGCAAUAGAACUGUCGACCCAAAGCGAAAGGAAGGUGGCCUACAUUGCUGAACUCAAUGCAUCAGGGGCAAAAUUCAUAUUAUCCUUCCCACUUAACAGAGCCUCUAUAUCAGAAAACUUAGACAUUAUGUACAGGGAUCUUCAGUUGGCAGAUCAACCACAUUUUGAUGAAACCAACAACUGCAUGAUCUUGAAAUGGGUGCGAAGGAUAUAUUCAUUCUCCAAUCCUCACAUCCUUGCUGAAGUGAAAAAGCAAAAUCCAAACUCAGUCAUGGCCUAUGUCUCUACAAAGACCUGGAAAUGCCUAGCAGCUUCUCUUAGAGAAGAAAACUGGGACAGAUUGUUUCCCCUGAUUGAGGAGCUUGACGUCAGCUCAAGAAUCCAUGCAAGACAAUUCCAGGAAAGACUGAGAAAUGCUACAAGUUCAGAAAAAUCUGAUCCCAUGUAUGCUGAGCAUUAUGCCGAACUGUCGAUGAGAAUAAAGCCAGGUGAGGCGGUCGAAGUACAGCUAGGUGCAGCCACGGCUCGAGGACUAAUGACGCCAGCAAUUCAGCUGUUUGCUGUUCAUCCAAAAUUUGAGAUUUGUUUGGAGCAUGUGAAAGAUCCAAUCAAGUGUUUUUCUAACUAUGCUCUCCACUCAUCAAGGAAUUCAUACAAGACAUACAUGGAUUAUCAGGAAAUAUGGAAACCUUUGUGUGAAAUGGAGUCAGCCUCCAGUGCUGUGGCAGAAAAUGAGAGCAUUCUUAUUGAAGAUGCAGCCUUGAAAUGGGAAAACUCUUGUGAAGAGAAGCUUCAAGGUUUUUUUCUCCUCCCACUGGACAAAAAAUCUCAGUGGUCCAUUGAAUGUGACCUCAAGAACAGUUUUCUCUGCAUUCGAACUAAGAUUCACCAAAGUCAGAGUAGUCCCUCUCAGUCCACAGCUCUCAUGGAUAUUCCUUCUAUCACUUGGGUGGCCCAUGGCAUAAUUACAAAAGCUGAAGAAAUAGAAUCCAAAGAACUGAAGAAUUUACAAAUUGAUUUUCAGAUUAACCACAUGCCCAUGACAAAGAUUCCAGAAGCCAUAUUCUCCGAGAGGACAAGAUUUACUCUGGAGCUGAUUCCAAAGCUUCUGCCAGAUGUCCGCAAAGAGAAUGCAAUUAACAGUCUAACCAAAGCCAACAACCUUGUAAAAAAUAUUGCCAUGGGCAGGAAAAUCAACUCUGAAGGAGGUUGUAAUGUUUCGAAGCAGAUACCAGCCAGAUUUGAGAUUGACAAGUAUCUCCCUUCUGGGUUUUCCCAUCUAAACAACAGUCAGAGUAAAGCUAUAAGAGAGGCACUGGCCAACCCAUUCACUCUUAUCCAAGGCCCACCAGGGACUGGAAAAACUGUUGUUGGUGUCCAUAUUGUAUACUGGUUGCUCAAGAAUAUCCAACAGCUUCCUGCCACCAGUUCACAGAAGAAGACAGCUGUUCUGUACUGUGGCCCCUCAAAUAAGUCUGUUGAUGUUGUUGCAGGUCAUCUCCUAAAACUUCAAAAUGAACUUAGACCUCUCAGAGUCUACAGUGAUCAGACGGAGAUGUUGGAGUUUCCUUACCCAGGUAGCAAACUGAAGCUGUCACGCAAUUCAAAAAGAGGCGAAAAACCCAACACAGAGCUCAGUUCCAUUGCUCUACACCACCUGAUUCGAAAGGAUGGCAACCCAUAUUCCACAAAAAUAUUAGCUUUUGAUAAUAAAAUUAGAAGAGGAGAUCAAUUCACUAAUGAAGAAAAAAAACACUACAAAGACGUUCUCCAAGAGGCUCGGAAACAUGAAUUACUGCGGCAUGAUGUCAUCUUGUGCACUUGCACAGCAGCCUCACACCAUGCUUUAGCUGAUGCCCUCGACUUCAAACAGAUCAUCAUUGAUGAAUGUGCCAUGGCAACUGAACCUGAAGCCUUUAUUCCACUAGUGGCUCAUAAGCCUGAGCAGAUUGUUCUUCUGGGCGAUCAUAUGCAGCUGCAGCCUGUAGUCCACUGUGAUGUGGUGGAGCGACUGGGAAUGAGCAAAUCUCUUUUUGAGCGUUACAUGGAGAAAGCACUCAUGCUUGACACUCAGUACAGAAUGCAAGAAGACAUUUGUGAAUUUCCAUCUAAGCAGUUCUAUGAAGGAAAGUUAAAAACUGAAACAUCGCCCAAAACAAGUCUCUUCCUUAUUAAAUCAAGGCCAACAUGCAUCGUUUUUGGUCAUGUUGAAGGAAAGGAGAAUAGUCUGGUGGUCUCGACUGAACGGGGGAAUGAAAAUUCAAAAGCAAAUUUGGAAGAGGCAGAAGAAGUGGUGCGGAUCGCCAUUCUUUUGACUGAGGCUGGGAUAAAGACCAAGGACAUUGCCAUUCUCACACCAUAUAAUGCUCAAGUGGCAAGUAUUAAUGAGUUCCUGUCUGAUAAGGGUUUACGUGACAUCACGGUCAACACCAUCAUGAAAAGUCAAGGAAGUGAAUGGAAAUAUGUCAUCAUGUCAACUGUGCGCUCUUGUCCCAAAUCUGAUAUCGAAACAGAACCAACCAAAUCCUGGAUUAUGAAACGACUUGGAUUCAUCAUGGACCCACAUCAAGUUAACGUGGGCAUCACCAGGGCUCAAGAAGGCCUGUGCAUCAUUGGUAAUAAAAACUUGCUGCGGUGCAGUGUGUUGUGGAGAAGACUUCUGGAUCAUUAUAAGGAGAAAGGAUGUGUAGUGAAUCCCGCCCGGCACAUCCAGGUUCAAAAACCCACUAGAAGUCUGCUGAGAACUGCUAGAAGAUGAUGUGCUUCAUGCAGUUUUAUUUUUGGAGAUGCAUUUGCUUUACAGCUGUGUUAAAUGUGCACUCAUAUACUCUACAUUCACUUAUUAUUUAUGCAUUACUAUUGUGAUUGUUUUUUUAUUGAUUUAUUUUUUUUAAUUGACACCAGGGAACAUUGCACUGUCAGAUCUGUUGAAAUAACUACUCUUGAAUGGCACUUUAGUACAUAUUAACUUUUAAUUAAAAAAAGCUCCAACCCUGAAAAAAACCUCACCUGCCUGUAGCAAUAGCCAAAAAUUCAUUGUAUGGGUCAAAAUUAUCCAUUUUUAUUUUAUGCCAAAAAUCAUUAGGAUAUUAAGUAAAGAUCAUGUUCCAUGAAGAUAUUUCUUACCGUAAACGUAUCAAAACUUCAUUUUUGAUUAGUAAUAUGCAUUGCUAAGAACUUCAUUUGGACAAAUUUAAAGGCGAUUUUCUCAAUAUUUUGAUUUUUUUGCACCCUCAGAUUCCAGAUUUUCAAAUAGUUGUAUCUCAGACAAAUAUUGUCUGAUCCUAACAAACCAUACAUCAAUGGAAAACUUAUUUAUUCAGCUUUCAGAUGAUGUAUAAAUCGUAAUUUAUGUAAAAAUUUACACUUUGACACUUAAGACUGGUCCAGGGUCACAUAUGUCUAUUCUCAAAAUAAACAAAACAAACACAUCGGAACCAUAUAAAGGCUAUUCAUGUGAGCACAUUUAAACUAAAGGAUUUAAUGUAUAGACUACUUUGUUCAUUUGAUCCACUACUCCACAUAGAAAAAACCCAGACAUGCCAACUAGUUACUGGCCUGAUGCAGACACAUAGCUGAAGAGGAUUGAUAUCGUCUUGGUGGAGCGAGGUUCACGUAAGGUAACGUGAAAAUAAGUCUCAAAUCUGCCCCAAUGGCUCUCAAUUAGAACGCACUGCAGUUCCCCUUUUCACCACAGAUUUACGUUGCAAAAUUGUGGGGGCGCUGUUGAGCUCGGGAGGGCUCAGGCACUGUCUGACCCACUUAGGCUAAGGCUACGUUCACACUGCAGGCAAAUGUUACAUUGUUACAUUUACAUUUAGCAGACGCUUUUAUCCAAAGCGACUUACAGUGCAUUCAGGCUAUACAUUUACAUUUAUCAGUAUGUGAUAAAUGUAAAUGUGGCCCAAAUCUGAUUUUUUUUUUGCUCACAUGUGACUCAGAUCUGUUUUUGUCAUGACAGUGUAAACAGCACAAACCGCAUGGAAUCUGAUCUUUUCAAUUCUGAUUUGUGCCACUUCCAUAUGUGGUACUAAAUCCGAUCCAUGUCAGAUGUUUUGCAAUGCGACCGCAGUGAACAGUCAUGUCGGAUUUCAUUUUACGUCACUCUAGAUUAGAUUAGAUUAUCAACAUUAGAUCAACAUUCGUCAUAAUUCCACGCUGACGCGAGACACUUCAAAGAUUGUACAUGCCCAAAGUUAUCAAGACAGUAGCGAAAGGUAAUCAGUGGAAGUGUGAUGUGUCAGAACUCAUAUGUAUUACAGUGACAACAAGCAAAACAUGAGGGCUCGUAUCAUAAAAGUUUCAAAACUCUGCUUUCUUGUCGUCACAUCCUUGUCUUUAUUUGUUCAUAUUGCCAGUGCAUAAUUUUGCUGGCUUCUGCAGCAGAUCACACUAUAAAUGAACGCAUAAUCGCUUACUUUACGCUUACGCGCUGUGCUAGUGUUGCCAAAUCCACUUCGUGGGUUGACGCGACCCCACUAACGCAAUAUUUAGCCCCCUGAACAUGAUUGGGCUAGUUUUGGACUAGUUUUGAGAAACAAUUGGGUGGAUUUUGUUGUGAAAAUCUGGAAACACUGUUCAUAUCGUUCUUUUGUGCAUGCGGGUCAGUUCAGAACCAUGAUCUGUUCACACUGGAAAUCUGAUAUUGGCCACAUUUAAAACAAUAAUGUGAACAGCUAUACAAAAAAAAUCAAUUAAGCACUAAGGCUCACAGUGUGAACGUAGCCUUAGUAUCAUGUAUACAUGCCUGCUAAAGCCAUGCACGGGAUUUUAAUAUAUACUGCUUACUUUACAACUUAAAAUAGUCUAGAAAAUCCGAAAAAUAUUUGUUGCAGAAUGCUGAACACAUUUACAAUUUAUUAUGGAUUCAGUUUAUAUAGAGGUCUAAGUUUUGGAUGAAUAUUUUGAUGCCCAUAUAGACAAGCCGCGCCUGAGUUUCAAGUUUGCAUUACUCAGCCAUAAAUUAAUAAAGAAGAAAAAACAUUUAGCAUUAAAUUUGUUACAACAAAUCUUAAUUUUGUGUAUAUAAAUGAAAAAAAGACAAAGAUACAGUGACAUUUCUGUCCAUCUAAUUAUGAAAUAUAGAAAUGAAGGACAUUUUUUAUUUACCUCAACCUUCAAAUCAAUUUUACCAGGAGAGCACCACUAGACUAUGACUAUUACAAUGUUAAUGUUUGACCACUUAGAGGUGCUGUACUAGCAUAUAAACAAAUCGUAAGGCAAUUUGCAAUUAGUAACUAUGUAUAUGAUUUUUAGAUGUUGUUGAAUUAUUUGUAUUCAGUUGUAUUCAUACUGUUUCCGUUGUGUCUAUGAGUGUAUAAUUGUAAUGCAAGAACCUGAAUGUUCUGUAUUUAUUUGUUGGCAUGUAUAAAGAAUUAUCUGUAAAAGUAAUAUAUUUCAUAAUUUAUGUUUACUGUGCAGCUCUUUACAUAAUUUGCACAACAGCCGAUACAGGAGCUGCAGAAUGUAUUUGGACA